CUGUGCCGGAAGUCUUGCUGUGCUGACUUGGUGGGUUUUCUGCCUGCCUGUCGUUGGGACUCGCCGUAGAGCCACCAUGGCGGUGAGUGAAGGGGCCCGAGCGUGGAGAGCUUUCGAGCGUGUGGGGUGGGGAUUAUUGUGCGCGGGGAGCCAAGCCUGGUACGGAUCGGGGCCGGAAGAAGGUUGUGGGUUCUCUCGGGCUAAAUCAUACUUAGAGGAGACCCGUUGGGAUCAAUGGAGUUGACUUCAUAUGUGUCAGCUGGUGUAUGUCAUGUGCGACGUAUUCGGAUGCAGCCCUCGAUAUUUUUACACCCCCAUUCAGGAUCAGCUUUCAUCUCUGCAUAUUUCCCCCUUUCCUGUGCAGUUUUAUUUUAUUUUUAUUUUUUAACGUGGUGCCAGCUAUGUGGCACUUCACAAAGAACUGGCAUGACAGGCCCGCCCCCAAAUUUGCAUGCAAUUUUAAAAGACACAUGGAAACAAGCGAAGACGGGGUGGGGGGGAAUAGAGGUAUAAGUAGAAAGAGGAAGAAUAUGUGAUUACUCCUGUUAUAUGUACAGUACUUUAAUAGGCUUAAGGUUGUAACUGGGCAGCAAGGUGUAGUAAAUAAAGCUGCUGAGAAACCUUUUGGAAUUGUUGGAACCUAGACUACUUAAGGUAAAUAUUCUCUCCCACUUUAUUAUUACAAUUCUGUAAAUUGUAAUUGUUAAGUUGUGGGUGAACAUAUCAGACGACACAGCGAUUCUUCAAAGCAGCUCUUUAUUCAUAAGCUGGAAUAGAACUGAACUGAACAGCUAACAGCUCAGCCGGCCUGCUUUUAUAGGCAGCCGGCUGUCAACAUUGUAGCAACAACAACCCAGGGUUUCCCGCCUAAAGUAACUGACGUGGACCUGAGUGAAAACUAUAUACAUGAUACUCCUGGUGGCCAGGGUGAGAACUUCAAUACAUAACAGUAAUAAUUGCAUAUUCUUCGUUUAUUUACCCCGUCUCCAUUUCGGAACACUGCCACUUCAGUUUUAGCUUUUGUGCUGGUUCUACUCUACUCUGCGAUUCAGAAGUCCAGAGUGUUGGGUUUGGGUAGGAGUCACCUGGAUUCAAAUCUCAGAUGAACUGGACAGAUUGAACUAUUUCACAACCUUGUUGUGCAAGAGAGAAAAUAACUCACACAGGCUCUUGUGAAAGAUCAGAAAAUAAGGGUAAUUCUUUUUUUUUUUUAUGAACUUCCUUGAUACUGGCUUAUUCAGCACAUUUAGCAUUUGACUCAAUCCCUAUUUUUCUAUUUUUUCAGCCGAAGGGAAAGGUGGGAACCAAAGGUAAAAAGCAGAUAUUUGAAGAAAACAAGGAUACCCUCAAGUUCUACCUGCGGAUCAUCUUGGGAGCUAAUGUAAGUGUGUGAUGCUCUGUGUGUAUAGAUUCUAUACAGUGGACAAGGCCAGCCUGGAUAUUUUGGGCAGAAAGUAUUUGCAGUUCUAAAAAACAAACAACCUUUAGUUCUGAAUAGCUUAUCUGCUGGGUGUCUUUCCCUCCCUUUUUACUUUGUGCAAGGCCCAAAGAAGUAAGAACUGAUACCUCACAUGCUGCAAGCUGUGAGAUACCACUUCUAAGACUAAAAUGUCAGGGUGGGAGAGAUAAGGGGAACAGAUAUAUGGGUGAGCACUGGAUUUGGACUACUGCCCAUCCUUGCCCUACGUAACAUGGAGUUCAAGAGCCUGUAUUGCUGCUGGAAAGCCAGUCUCCUUUUCUUUUUGAUUGACAGUUCAGUUUCUUCAUGGAAAGGAUUAUCAGCCUGCCCCCCCCCCCCGAAAAAACCCCUUCUGGUAAAGCUUGCAUGUGGCAGAUCCUGCCUACCUGGGGUGCUUGAGACUAGGUGAUGGUUGGAGGCAGUGUGAUUUAGUGAUAAUCAGGGCCAGAACCUAGGAAAUUCAGAAUUCAAUCCCUGAACUGAGCCAAGCAACAUGUUCAGCAUGCAGCUUUUUAUUACUGCAAAAAGCAGUCAGAGGGCAGGGGAUGUGCAUGAUCAGAACUGUGGGACAACGGGGUUUAACUAUUCUGUCUUAGGCUCCAGUCCAAACAAACCAGCCUCCUGUCACUGCCUCUCUGCCCCCCACCUUACCCUCUGCCCUGAAGCUGCUGUUUGCCAUGGAAAUGAAGCUGUUGAAUAUUUGAUUUGUUGCAUUUCUAUCCUGCUUUUCAUUCAAAUGAAUCUCAAAGCGCCUUACAAACAAUAAAUAACAAUAACAUAAUAGAGCAUGGAUAGGCAAACUAAGGCUCGGGGGCUGGAUCUGGGCCAAUCGCCUUCUAAAUCUGGCCAGCGGAUGGUCCGGGAGUCAGCGUGUUUUUACAUGAGUAGAAUGUGUGCUUUUAUUUAAAAUGCAUCCUUGGGUUAUUUGUGGGGCAUAGGAAUUCGUUCAAUUCCACCCCCCAAAUAUAUAGUCCGGCUCCCCACAAAGUCUGAGGGACAGUGGACCAGCCCCCUGCUGAAAAAGUUUGCUGACCUUUGUAAUAGAACAUCACAAAUACAGCAUAAAUCAUAUUAAUUAGCAAAUCAUUAAUAAAACAAUUACCACCUGUAAAACACUAUUAACCAAACAGAACUAAAAAGUAAGGUAAACAUCAUGAUUGCAGCAAAAGUCAUGUUAUAUGAUUAACAAAUCAAUAUGACAUUUAGAAUCUAUAAAACAAUAUUAACAACAUUAACAAAAUAGCAACUAAAAAAUAAUAAGCUAGGCAUUGUUAACUUCAUAUACACAUACUGCACACCCCAUGACUCAUAAUCUUUCACUCUGUUCAGUUCAUUAAAAUACACAUGUUGUUGGUGUCAAUAGGAGAUCUUCUGCCAGAGCAAAGGACAGCAUUGGAAGGGUGGCUUCUGGUGGGACUAUGGCACAAGGGUAAAUAAUAAAAGCAGACCAGAAACCAAAAGCCUUUUUAUGCCACAGUCCCAAUCCUGAAGCUGCUGUUUACAUUAUUGUUUUUAAAAUGCACAUUAUGUCCAAACCAUUUGUUUUUAACACACAGUCAAUCACUGGGCCGAUCAGAAGGGAGGUUGGAGAUGAUGCUUUGCCCAUUUCACAGGGUUGGUUUGUUUUUUAUUGGAAUAACCAGGGAGAGGAAGGUGGAAUGGAUAUACACUGUCCUGAGCCCUUUCAGAUCCUAUCUUAACUAUUCUGUUCUUCUAAAGUAGCUACUCCAUAGGCCUUUGCUUGUCAUUCUUUCUAAAAAAAACAAAAACAACCCUUAGCUAUCAAUAGCAACAAGACAGCCUGUGCCCUUAUCUGUCUGGAAGGGAAGGAACUUAGUAUGAAGUUGUCACUUCAUAAACUGCUGUGCCUGAAGAUGGAACGGUGGGUUUGGGUUUCACCAGUGUGGCUUCAUUCAGAUUUAGAUCAGACUAGUGGAACCUGCAAUAAAACUUUGUAGUGUGGAGUGUUCCCAGUUCAUUCUCUCUCCUUUCCCACUCCCCCACCCCAGUUUUUCCCUUCCUGUCCCAAACAGUCAGAAAGUAUUCCAUAGCUCACACAGCACUCAUUGGGCUGUUCUGUGGGUUUCUCUUCCACCCCAGCUUUGUUUUCUAAUGGUUUUUUGUGUGCUUCUGAAAAAGUUGGGGUUCCCCCUAGUCUGUUGCCUCCUCUCUCUUGUGUGUCCACAGUGUUGUUUGGGCUGCAAUGGCACUCACUUCCAGAACUUAUUUAUACUACAUUCAUGUUUUUGAUGCAAGAAGAUUCAAAAUUAUUCUUUGUGUCUUCCCUUUUAUGUGAUUUCUGACAUUUGCUUCCCUUAAUUUCAGGCAAUUUAUGGAAUUGUUAACUUUGUGGUCUUCUAUGCAACAGCCACUGCCUGGAGUUGGGUGAGUUCAAAAUGUCUGGAGGGAACUACGUUGGGGAAGGUGGUAUACUCUGAUAGUAUAAAUUGUCAUCUUCUGAGGGAAGUGCAAUCCAAAACCAUGUUGUCUCCCAGCCCCUGAAAAUAAUGGAAUUUAUACCAACUUAGUAAAAAUACUGUAUCAUUACCAUAUGAAGCCAUAUACUGAGUUAGAAGAUUGAGCCCAUCUAGCUCAGUAUUGUGUUAGCAGCACCUAUGUGACCUCUCUGAGGUACAAGCCUGGUCAGUGUGUAUUGAGGUCUUCGGCUGCCCAGAUGACAAGACCCCCAUCUCAGCCUUGCUGAUGUGGUCCAAAGGAAAGCAGAGCAAUGUAUUUGGUGCCCGCUUGGCUGCAAGAGUUGCCAGAAGGAGGCAUACAAGGCACCAUCCAACCAUUUUAGGGACUUUAUUCUGGAUUUGUGUAGUGUUUACUCCUUGGCCUUUUCUUCUCCCAAAGAUACCCCACAAGGCAGCAGAAGUUUAGGAUCAGUUUUCCUUCACUUAGAUGGACUACCUUCCCAGGUUGACUAGCCCCAUCUGCCCCUUACUUCCCUCUACUACAGCAUGCUCACAAACCACCUUCUUGACCGUAAAAAGCCAUCUAAGCCAGUGGCAAUCACCGCAUCUUUUGACACUGAUGCAAGUUAAGUGUGCAUGUGUGAGGAGGCAGUUUGUCCAGAAUCUUCUGCCAUUCAGUUUUUUCACUUUUUCCAUGCUGUGCAUAAUUUUAUAAAGUUUUUAUCAUGUCCUCCUCUUCUCCUCACCCCACCAUGUCCUUCAUUCCUAAGUUGAGCAAAAGCUGGACAGAUGCUGUAGUUGAAAGAGUGCUACAAUGUCCCUUUUGUCUCUACAGUUCUGUGGUUCUAUGACUUUAAAAGGCUCCAAAUGCUUUAGUCCAGGAAUGGCUAACCUGUCACACUACAGAUGUUUUUGGACUCCCAAUUCCCAGCGCCACACCAAGCAUAGCCAGUGGUGUCAGGGAUGAUGAGAGUACCAUCUGGGUAACUUUACCUUGCUGAUUUUUGUCUUCUCCUUGUAGAUUGCAUUUGUGUUCAGUUUGAUGAUCUACGGGGCCAGUUACCGCUCAAUGAGCUCCAUGGCAAAGCCUUCUUUUGCGGAUGACGGCAGCCUUGCGGAUGGUGGAAUUGACCUGAAUAUGGAGCAGGGGAUGGCAGAGUGAGUGUCUACACUACACAAGUCCAGGUGAGCAGGAUCUGCUGCCUGAGUGCAUACACAGAUCUCCUUCACCCCUGAGCAGGAAUCAUAUAAAGGUACUGGUGUCUUUGGGGAGCCAUUGGCUGCUUCUCAGAGCUUUGUUCUCCAGCUCCUUCACUGAGAAACUGCGGGAAACUUCCUCCUUGUGUACACCCAGUGGUUAAGAAAAAUGAAGUUCCUAAGUCCUUCCUUCUCACUGGUCCCUAAAAUACGUUGCCGUUCUCACUCCUUGUCCUUUCUGCCGUUUGUCAUCCCAGUUGGUGCAAACAAGUUACAAAUAACUUUAGAAACCUGAAUGGACUUGAUGAUGCUUAAUAUAGAUUAAAAAGUAUAUGAUGGUCGUUGAUUGUAAAAAUGAAGAUUUGAAUUUCCUCUAAGGAGCUCAGUUAUGCACUUAGAACUGGGAUUUAUGAGCUGUGGGAUAGUAGAUUUAUUCAGAUUCAAAGUUCACAUUUUCCUUGGCUUUUCUCAGAAAAUAUUAUACCCGAUGCCUUUGUUGCCGCGGUACUUCCAGCAUCAGUGGCAUCGCUAGAGGCUACUGAGAAAGACAGCAAAGCAGAGUGGCCGCUUAAGGGAUCUUGCUGUGUUUAGGGAGGUGAAGCCAAGAGGAGCAGCAUUUUGCUCCCUAGUGAGCAAUAAGGUUUUUGAAUUGUUAUCCCUAUAGAUUAGGCGAGUGAACCUUAUGCGCCGGCAUCGAAUAGUCAUAUUUCAUGUUGUUUUUAACCAGGCUAUUUCUGGAACACACACAGAGAGACCACCACCACUCCCAUGCCAUCCCUGCCUGCAGCCCCUCUCCUCCAGUCUCCAGACUCUAUGGCAGAGAUAGUUUUCUGUAGCUCUUCCUGCUAGUGAAAGGUUUUGGGACCACAGGGCUAGGCAAGGCUUUUAUGCUCUGAACCAGUAAACACCAGCUUCUUCUUGUUUAUCCUCAGGCAUCUGAAGGAUGUGAUCUUGCUUACAGCCAUAAUCCAAGUCCUCAGCUGUUUUUCCCUCUAUGUGUGGUACUUUUGGCUCUUGGUGAGUCUUUCUAGCUCCAUUGUUUGGUACAUAAUGAACCUCUAACUUUCCUUUUCCACUGUGUCUGCAGAUCCCAGCCGCUACCUGCCUGGAUCAACCUUAUACUCUUAUCUGUGUUCAAAACAAUGUUUUAUUCUUCUUCCUUUUUUUGGAAAUGAAUAAUUGGGAGAGGACUGUAAAAGGUCAUUUCUGCAAAGAGGUAGUCUGUAAAUGCCAUGUCUGCUGUUGGAGGCAAUAAAGCUCAGAAUACCAGUUUGCUGGGAAUUUUUGGUGCAGGUGUCUGGUUCACCUGUGAGAGCAGCAUGCUGGACUAGACGGGCCUUUGGCUUGAUCCAACAUCUUACGAUGUUUGAAUAAAAGUCAUAGUUUUUCUCCAUAUUCCAGGUUCAAGGAGAAAUGUUGAAUCAACUGCCCUUCUAAUGCUGUCCUAUAGAGAUUAAGGGGUAGCUUUGAGAAAUGAGAAUUAAUGUCAGGCUUCUCAAUCUUGUUAAAGAAGUUCACGCUUAUGGAAAAACUGGGUUAUGAAAUAAGAGUGAGAAGAAAAAACACAAUGAUAAAUAACUUUUACUUUAUUUGGUCAGACUUCAUUUUGCAUGCAAUGACAAAGGAACAUGGCUUCAGACUACCUAUUAUUUGUAGCAACUAAUAGAAUACCACGCUGGUAUGAAAAUAGUUAUUGGUAUAUAUAUAUAUAUUGUAACUUGGGUUGCUGCAUACCUGAAGGAUCUGUAAAAAAAAGAUCUUUGCCUCUAUCUCUUUUUUUGCAGGCUCCGGGUCGAGCACUCUAUCUCCUCUGGGUUAACAUCCUAGGGCCUUGGCUCACUGCAGAUUCUUCAGCCGCCAACCAGGAGCCCAACGAAAAGAAGCAGCGUCGGCAGGAACGCCGUCAGAUGAAGCGUUUUUAGUUGUGCUCAUGGAAAUAGAUAUCAUGCCACCUGUUGUCUCCGUGUGGCUGCUUAUCAGGGAUGUGAUUUCUUUUUAACCAAUCAGAAACGUCAGGGGUUUCUUCUCUCUGCUGACCCUCCCCUUCUGUGACAGCAGUUCACUAUAAGGCAGGGCUGUGGAAUCUGUGUCUCCCCCCAGUUGCUGCCAAAUUCCAUCUCCCCAUAUUCCUGACCAUCGGCCAUGCUGCCUGGGAUUGAUGGUAUUUGGAGGCUCACAGCACCUGGAGGGUCACAGCUUCUCCAUCUGCGCUAUAAGGCUCAAUUGUUUCAGGGGAAGUGUCACCAGGCAGAUAUUUGGCCUUCAUCUGCUUUGUGGCAAGUGGGGAGGGGACCUCUUGGAUGUCGGAGGUGUGUAAAUAUCUUUAUAAAGUGAUGCUGUAAUAUGAAUCUAAGGGUGGAGGCACUGCAGAGUUUUAAGAAAUGGUUCAUUAAAAAAACCCAAAAGGCUAUAAGAGUCUAUGAGAGUGCUUGUGGCUGAAGUUGAUUUUAUAUCAUGACAACUUGUACCUUUCACAUUUGUUGACCCAUUUCUAAGUGGGCACAGCAAAUAAAACCAAAAUACAAAACAAGCAAUAAACUUCAACAGUC